GCAAAUUGAUGGGAGCUAAACUCACAGUUAUAGAAAACAGGUGCAACCAUGAUAUUGAAAUCAGAGUUUGGGUUUCUCCGGAACGACCCGACAAAUUUCAAAGCAUAAUUAGAAUUGAAGGUGAAGGUGGAUGGAAGGAAGUGAAUUCCAAAAAUUUCAUCCAUGCAGACGCUACAAUUCUUGAUGAUAAUGAUGAUGAUGAUGAUAUCGAAUUUGUAUCGUCUACCUUGCUAAUGAUUUAUAUCGAUGGUGUUUAUACAGGAUAUUACUUUCUUCCAAUUCACUUAGUGAAAUACGCGAAAGUCAUCUGCGACAUUAAUGAAGAUGGUCUUUUUGUUGUUCAAGGAAUCAAACCAACAUUCAAUUUCUGCAGAUUCAAGGGUUGUGCCUAUUUUCCUUAUCUUAGAGGGAAAAAAAAGGAGAUGAUUUGA